UACGUUAAGUGCGUCCUUUUCUUAAACAACAUAAAUGACCUCUCAGUUUAAGAUUGUAAACUUGUAAAAGAUAAAACUAGUAAUAGUAAUGCGGACUCAAUAACGAUAAAUUCAUCAGUAUAAAUUUAAUCAAGAAGCAAUUGGUCGAGUUUUAGCUAAUAACUUUAAGUAAUUCUAUAAAAAUGGGACUAGAAGAAGUUACACUUUUUGGUAUAGCAGAUUAUGUCAUAUUUGCUAUAUUUAUUCUCGCAUCGCUUGGAAUAGGAGUUUAUUAUGCUUUAAGUGGGGGUCGUCAGCAGACAACGAAGGAAUACCUUACAGCAGAUAAGCAACUGAAAAUUAUCCCAACAGCUUUGUCUUUGCUGGUCUCUUUCCAAUCAGCAAUUAUGAUCCUAGGCUACCCAGCAGAAAUGUACAUGCGUGGGGCUCAAAUAUAUGUAGGUAAUAUCGGACUGCUCAUUGGAACCAUUCUCACAACAAGGCUUUGGGUGCCAUUGUUUUACAAACUUAAAAUUACAAGCACAUUUGAGUACUUGCAUUUGAGGUUUGAUUCCGUUGCUGUUCGAAAACUUGGCUCUGCAAUUGGAAUCGUUUCUACGGGAGGAUUGAAGGCAGUCAUAUGGACGGAUGUUUUCCAAUCGGUCAUCAUGUUAGGUGGUAUUCUGACAGUUGUUGUCAUGAUAUUGCCAUAUUUUGUGAUGGACACAUUUAGGAGCCUCCCUGGUUUUCCAGGCCUAUUUCUUGCAACUCUCUUCAGUGGAGCCCUAAGCUCCAUAUCGUCAGGUUUAAAUGCUCUCUCGGCGAUAACCUGGGAAGAUUUCCUCAAACACAGAUUCAGACAUCUAAAGGAGUCCAGGAAAGCACUGUGUACAAAGCUUCUGGUUCUGUUCUAUGGCGUUUGCUCAACAGGGAUUGCUUGCUUAGCUAUUUUUAUAAAAGGACCAAUUAUACAGGCCAACGCAACUUUAGGUGGAGCGAUAAACGGGAGUUCUUGCGCCAUAUUCAUACUUGCAGCAUUUACAGUGACUUCUAACUGGAAGGGUGCGUUAGUAGGACCAAUGGUAUCUUUCCCGAUCAUCCUGUGGAUUGCCAUCGGAGGUCAGUCCAUUAAAGGCCAUAAUCAGUAUUUACCUCCUGGCCCAACAGAUCGAUGUGAUAUUUCAAAUGGAAGCAGUAUCUAUAACAGUUCAGGUUACAGCAAUGUUACUACCUGGUAUGAUGAUACAAUACAUACUACAUCGAUGUUGAAUCAUUCGAGUAUUUCUAAUUCGGAGCUUAAAGAUCAGGAAUUAAGUGGGAUCCAGCAUUUGUACAGUAUUUCUUACUUUCUCUAUACUCCUUUUGGGAUUCUAAUUGCUACAGUUGUGGGUCUUGUAGUCAGUUGGGCAACAGGUGGUGAAAAGAAGAGGCCCAUAGAUAAAUUGUACACUUUCCAAUUCUGUGAUGCACUUUGUUGUUGUUGUCCCCCCAGUGUCAAAAAUUCACGUCGUGGGUGUCGAGACAACCAAGGACAGGAGAAUGGAAGCAUGGGAGUAGAGAGAGAUGUUUUCCGAGAUACGAAGUUCCAACAUAUACAGCCCACUAGCGAAGAAUCAAAAUGCUGA